AUGAGUACAAGCGGUGAUAUCGAGGUCAAGGAUGCUCCAGUAGAGGAUAGGGCUAGUAGAGAAUCAACAGUUUCUGCACCAAUCGAACAAACACCAACACCAGGUCCAGCUCCAAUACAGAAUGAAAAAUCUCAAAAUCAAGAAUUACAACAACAAGAUCAAAUUCCUCAAAUAUCAGUUCCUCAACCUAAAUCAAAUACACAAUCACCACAGAUAAAAAGUGAGGAAAUCUCAUCAAGAAAUACACCUGUACCUCAAGUACUUCAAUUCCAAGUACCUAAUGAUCAAAAAGUUUCAGAUAUAGUUGGUGGUGCACCAGUAAGACAAUGGUUAAAUGAACAUGUUACACCAACUUUAUUACAAGGUGUUCGUAAAAUUUCAACUGAAAGGUAUGUUAUAGAGUGA